GAAUUGCAACACCGGAGACGCGAUAAACCCUGACGCCUGCUGCAGUUGCACACGCCAGUGUAUCUUUCUCUUUACUUCGUCGACGAAACAUGAGCUAUGGUCACGGCUCCCCCGACAUCAAGGCGAUGACGUCGCUCAAGGUGGAUAAUCUCACCUAUAGAACGACGCCAGAAGAUUUGCGGCGUUCCUUCGAGAAAUUUGGCGAGAUUGGAGACGUGUACAUCCCGCGAGACAAGUUUUCUCGUGAAAGCAGAGGCUUUGCCUUUGUUAGGUUUUAUGACCGCCGAGAUGCAGAAGAUGCAAUGGAAGGAAUGGAUGGUCGACAGCUGGAUGGCCGAGAGCUGAGGGUGCAGAUGGCCCGCUACACCCGCCUGGAAGCCCCUCCCCAACGUGAAUCAAAGUCUUCAGAGAAGCAAAAUGAGCGUGGAAUGGGCGAGGCAGCUGCUGCGGAGGGAGAGCAAAUGGACCAUUCUUAGUCCUGAUCACGUUCAAGAUCUCGAUCGAAGUCCAGGUCAAGAUCUGAGUCAUCUAAUAAGUCUGGGCCACACAAGAAAUGACAUAAAAUGUGGGAAAAUACAGUGCAAUGUGUUCCACUCCCCUCCCCUGCCUUCUCCGUAUAGUGCACGACGUGGUCUCACUCCAGGAGUUACUAAGAUGCUAAGUAUCUCUCAUCGCCACACCCACAGGCAGUCGUAUGUUUUCCUCUCCAUCAGAAACGACGAACUCGAGGUGGCAACACUCCUGCGGCAUGGCGACCUUUUGCCCUGUGCCUUCCUCGGAGACUAUGGGAAAGACUCCUUUAUAUUGCCACAAUCUCCCUUGCUUCUCCCUCAUUACUACAUGGACUCUGGCCGCCUACAACUCGCCGAAACCCGAAGCACAAAGCGAGUGAGGAGGAUGCCCCAAAACAGUGUUGCGACAGACCGUUACUAUAACAUAUUUUUAUUUGUUGCUUCCUAAUUGUAUAUUUGUAUUCAAUUUUCUUGGCACUUCUCUCGCUCUGAAAAGGCAACCACGAGACGGAGUUGAACUCUUACUUUUUGCAUUUUAGAGGAUGUGUUCAUUAUAUACAUCCUUGUAUAUACAUGAUUGUGUUUAUUAUAUACAUCCUUGCUAUAUGCAGAAAACUAUAUUUUCUUGUCUUUUAAUUCUUAUUAACUGGUAUUUACAACUUUUAUUGACUAAAUGUCACUGAUUUUCAUAACUGUUACGUUGGUUCUGUAUGUAAAGUUUAUCCGUCUCUUUGUUGAUACUUAUUUUUAUUACAUAAGUAUUUUCUUGUAUUCUAAAUUGAUGUUAACGUUGAUUUUAUCAAGAUGCACACUGUAAGAAGUAAUCGUAUUUCUUGAAAGUUCCCGCAUAGAACCUGAAGUGGGCGAGUAGAAAAAGCAUGCGAGAGGGAUCCAAGGAUUAGAUUUGUGCCUCUUGUGUUGCCUGUGAGGAAUCCCCUGAGUGGGCCUCCCUGGACAUAAAGUUCAGUGUUGCAAAGAUUUGUUAAUAUGCGGUGGUGAGAGAAACUUGUUCAGCUUGUUCUUGGGGAAGUGACCAAAGUGAUUCGGUGCCUUACUUAAUCUUUCAGAAAAGUUUUUUGUCUUUAUUUUUUAUUGCUUUAUGUCAGUUUUAAUGUUUUAAUAAACUAUUUCAUAUCA